AUGUGUGGCAGCUACUACGGAGGCUCUGGCUACGGAGGCUGCGGUUACGGAAGCUGCGGCUACGGAGGCUGUGGUUACGGAGGCUGCGGUUACGGAGGCUGCGGUUACAGAGGCUCUGGCUAUGGAGGCUGUGGUUAUAGAGGCUGUGGUUAUGGAGGCUCUGGCUACGGAGGCUGCGGCUACGGAGGCUCUGGCUAUGGAGGCUCUGGCUACGGAGGCUGCGGUUACGGAAGCUGCGGUUACGGAGGCUGCGGCUACGGAGGCUGCGGUUACGGAGGCUGCGGUUACGGAGGCCAGGGCUGUGGCUAUGGCUCCAGCUAUGGCUGUGGCUUCCGCAAACUGGGCUGUGGCUUCCGCAAACUGGGCUGUGGCUACGGAUACGGCUCUGGCUGUGGCUACGGAUAUGGCUCCCGCUCUCUCUGUGGCUCUGGAUGCGGCUCUGGCUUUGGCUGCUACUAA